AUGGCUUCGCGUUCGUUGGCCUCUAGCAGCCGUUCGGCGUCUCGUCUUCUUCAAAGCAACGUUCAGAAAUGCGCACUUCCAGCUGCUUCCAUCCGUCUCAGCUCAAACAAUGUAGAGUCCAAGAAGGGAAUUCCCACCGGAGUUGCCACACAACAAGCUGCCGCCGCUGGAAAGGUCUCCGCUAAGGCCACCGCUGCAAACGCUUCCGGACGUAUCGUCGCUGUCAUCGGAGCCGUCGUCGACGUUCAGUUCGAUGAGAACCUUCCACCAAUCCUCAACGGUCUCGAAGUUGUCGGACGUUCCCCAAGACUCAUUCUUGAGGUCUCCCAGCAUCUUGGAGACAAUGUCGUCAGAUGCAUUGCUAUGGACGGAACUGAAGGACUCGUCCGUGGACAGCCAGUCGCUGACACCGGAGAUCCGAUCAAGAUCCCAGUCGGACCAGAGACCCUCGGUCGUAUCAUGAACGUUAUCGGAGAGCCAAUCGACGAGAGAGGACCUAUCGCCUCGAAGCACUUCGCCGCUAUCCACGCUGAGACUCCAAAGAUCGUGGAGAUGUCCGUCGAGAAAGAGAUUCUCGUCACCGGAAUCAAGGGCGUCGAUCUUCUUGCCCCAUACGCCAAGGGAGGAAAGAUUGGACUUUUCGGAGGAGCUGGAGUCGGAAAGACUGUGCUUAUCAUGGAGCUCAUUAACAACGUCGCCAAGGCUGGAAAGAUUGGACUUUCAGGAGGAAUCGUGAAGAAAAUUCUCUGGUUUGCCGUGAUUUUCUCACUCAUCGGAUUAUGUCAAAGUCAAGAUUCCUGUGAUUCUUGCAUUGACAAUAUCGAUAACAUUGGGCUGAAUCUCAAAGCCACUCUUAGCCCCUUCUUCAAAAUGUCUGAGCUUGUGUGCCAGUACACUAGAAACAAGGAUGCGUGCAGGCAGCUGUAUGAGUCAACCCAUAAUCUUACGGAUCAAAUUAUAGAUGUAAUUUUCCCCCGAUUCGAUGCUGUCACCAAUCGUGUCUACAUCUGCUCCACCGUCUUGGAAUGCCCCGAUGUCGAUUCGCUCGGAUUCGAAGUAGUUGAAGGAUUCUGGACAUGCAGGAAAUGCGAAAGCUUUCUCGAGAUGACGAUGAGAAUGUCAGCUGUCAUCCAGUCGCGAUUCUCUCAAGUUAUCGUUAUCAAGAUCUGCAAAAACCAAGCUCAGUGUCUCCAGAAAUACAAUGAAUUCAUGAAGUUUAUCGACCUUUUCCUGUACCCCACCGAAGGAGCUCGGAAAUGGAAUUGCAAAAAUAUUUUCGGAUGUCUCGAUUCGCCAAGUUUGAAUAGUGAUCUAUGA